AUGUUAUAUUUCAUUUGUAUUAUUUUAUCUUUUAUCAAUUCUGUUUUUUCAAAUCCUAAUUAUAGAAGUCGUUUAUAUGAUAUAAUUCGUAAAUCAAUAAAUAAUGAUGAUGAUCAAUUAUUAUUAAAAAAUCAAAUUUAUAAAUAUCUAAAUUCAGCAACUGUUUCAUCAAUUAAUCAACAAAUAAAUUCAAUGAUAAAUAAAGAACAAAGUAAAAUAUAUGAACGUGAUACUUUAGAUUCAGAUGAUGAUAAUUAUUUUAAAUGGGCUUCACUAAAUCGUCGACCUAUGGAAUCAUUAGCAGGACGAAAACGAUCAAUAGAAAAAACUUUAACAGGAUUGAAAAAUCAUCGAAUAAAUACUGGUAUAUGGCGUAGUGGACUUGUUGGUUAA